GUUUUAUUUCUCAGCAGAUCAUUCUGCCGCGCCCGUUUAUCUUUCUCAUUUGAAUCUAUCUGCGACUUUGUUACCAUGGAUGAAGAAUACGACUGCGUUGUGCUCGGAACUGGCUUGACGGAAUGCAUCAUAAGUGGAAUGCUGUCUGUUUCUGGAAAGAAGGUACUGCACAUGGAUCGUAACAAGUACUAUGGCGGAGAGUCAGCGUCUAUCAACCCGCUCGACGAUCUUUUAGCUAAAUAUGGUCUUUCCGAAAGUGCAAGUCUUUACGGACGUGGAAGAGAUUGGUAUGUCGAUCUAAUUCCGAAAUUUUUGAUGGCCAACGGACAGCUGGUCAAGCUCUUGAUCCACACGGGUGUAACUCGUUACUUGGAGUUCAAAUCUGUCGAAGGAAGCUAUGUUUACAAGGGUGGUAAAAUUUCGAAGGUUCCUGCCGACGAUAGGGAAGCUUUGAGCUCUGAUCUUAUGGGUCUUUUCGAGAAGCGACGGUUUAGAAACUUCCUCAUUUACGUUCAAGAUCUGAAUGAGGAUGAUCCCAAGACUUGGAAGGAUAUGGACCCUACGAAGACGACUAUGUUUCAGCUAUAUGCGAAGUUCAAUUUGGAUCAGAACACCCAGGAUUUCACUGGACAUGCUUUGGCUCUGCACAGAGACGAUGAGUACAUUCAGCAACCUGCAUUGACUACCAUUAGAAGGAUCAAGCUUUACAGCGAAUCUUUGAUGAGAUAUGGAAAAUCGCCUUACUUGUAUCCGCUGUUCGGCUUGGGGGAACUUCCGCAAGGGUUUGCUCGGUUGAGCGCCAUAUAUGGUGGCACAUACAUGCUGGAUAAGCCGGUUGAAGAGCUCGUCAUGGAAGAUGGGAAGGUUGUUGGUGUUAGAUCUGGAACAGAGGUGGUCAAAACUAAACAAGUUUACUGUGAUCCAUCGUAUGUUCCACAUCUCGUAGAUAAGGUUGGGCAAGUAAUCAGGUGUAUUUGCUUGAUGGAUCAUCCAAUCCCGAACACCAAGGACGUCAAUUCGUGUCAGAUCAUAAUUCCUCAGAAACAAGUCGGACGCAAGUCAGACAUUUACGUGUCUCUCGUUUCUGCUACAAUGAGUGUAGCUCCCAAGGGAUGGUAUAUCGCGAUGGUGUCAACCACCGUUGAAACGGCUGAUCCUGAAUCUGAAAUCAAGUGCGGUUUGGACCUUCUCGGGCCUGUCAAGCAGAAGUUUGUUAUUGUGAGCGACAUAUACAAACCAAAGAGCGACGGCUUAGACAGUCAGAUUUUCGUUUCACGAUCAUACGACGCCACGUCGCACUUUGAAACGACGUGCAGCGAUGUUUUGAAUAUCUUUCAACGAGGAACUGGCGAACCGUUCGAUUUCUCAAAAGUGCGCCAAGAACAGAGCGAAGAUCAAGAAUGAAAGUUGGGGAAAAGAAAAGAUACACACGAGGCAAAGACCGCCUUGCAAGCACAGUUUCAAGAAAAUUGCUCCAGUAACUGUUCAAUUUCGUCAUCCGACAACUGCCGAAUAUCAAAGCGUUUCGCAUAUUUAUUGCUUCUCACGAACUUCACCUUCGUCCUCCCUGUAGAUCGUAAGUUCGUUGGAACCAGGAAAAUUACGAUUCGCGCUGGAUACAUUCGCUACUUUCGUUGUUGGUCCUGGCUCCUUUGAACUCAGUGAAGAAUCUUGUCAUGUGGAUGUGAUCUUUCCUGUUCAAUUCUUCGACUGCUUGUUGGCGUAGUGAGUAUUGUCAAUGAGAAAUUCAAACUUUGGCUGGGCAAUAUGUAUAAUCAUUUGGCGAUUGUCACAUAAAUGUUCAUACCACAUGACCGGAAUCAGCUUCCUAGAAUCGUGCAGAGUAUUAUGUUUCCGUCGAUGCGUUUGCCUUCGUUGGUAAGCAUGGACGUGUUAGUUCGUCUUGGGAAAUUUCUGUGGGUCACUGUGAUUUUUUUUUUUUGACAUGAUGUUUUGUUUGAUACACUUCUGGUGGAAGAUUGUGCAUGAUAUCCGAUCAGGAUGCAUCAAGGAAUUGAGCUGGCGUUGCUUGGCGAGGGGCUCUGAAAAGCUCUUGCCAGGAAGUGGAAUUGUGUAUUGCUUAACAGCUUAUUUUGACAGCUCCUUCGACGCUUUUUUUUUUCUUGUUCCCGCAUUCCAACAUGAUAUGAAAUGUAAGCUAUGGUGGAGCAUUUGCGUCUCA